GUUCGUAUCAAAGAUACUUUUACAAAAGAUAGUGAGUGGUCCAUACCAACGUUUUGUGAGUUGCUAUUAUUGUAAUUAGAACCAUGGGUAGCCAUUUUGAAAAUAUCUGUGAAAUAAGAAAAAGUGACCAGCUGGGAAGAUUUUUAUCAGCGAAACGACACAUUAAGCCUGGCGAGAUGAUUUUAUCAGAAGAACCUAUUAUUGUGGGACCAUACUGGGACGCCGAUAUCAGUUGCCUAAACUGUCUUAGAUCGGCAACUAGGACGUGCAAAAGAUGUCUUAAAGCACCUUUGUGCCGCGAUUGUUCCGGGCAUGAUGCAGCGGAAUGCAAUUUUUACGAGCAAGCCACCAAUUUGAGCAAAAAUUUCCUCUUUGAUCACUUCAACACAGUAACUCCUAUACGGUGCCUGUUACUCUACCGACGAGAUAAGGCAAAGUUCCAGCAAAUGAUGGAAAUGGAAUCGCAUUGUGAAAAACGAAAGGGUACUGAAAUAUGGAAUAUUCACCAACAGUAUGUCGUCGAACCGUUAAUGUGCGAAGCGGCAUUUCACGCUCUCGAUGAUCUUGAGAUAAAUGCAGAUCUACUGCAACAGAUCUGCGGGAUUUUGGAUGUAAAUACUUUCGAAAUACGAGGAAACAUGGACAGCCAAGGCGUGCAAAUGAACAAUCUGGCAAGAGGUUUGUACCCUUGCACGUCGCUGAUGACACACAACUGCCAAACGAACACGCUGAUAGCUGUCGAUGGUAUGUCGAAAUUAAGAUUGUAUGCUUCGGUGUCCAUCAAUGCCGGAGAUUUGCUGUACUACAAUUAUACCCGGGUGUUGUUCAGUACAUUCGAACGACAAACGCAUCUUGAAAAGGGAAAAUAUUUUAUUUGCACGUGUUCGCGAUGCAAAGAUCCUACUGAAUUUGGAACACAUCUCAGCUCAAUUAAAUGUACCGAGUGUAAUACAGGACUUUGUUUGUUCUACGAUCAAGUCCCAAAAUGGGAGUGCAAUGUUUGCGGUUAUCAAAUGGCAAGAGAAUACGUGAAUCGAGUGAUGUGCGAAGCCAGGGAAGAUGUUUCAAGUUGUGCUUUAGAUAUUCGAAUUCUGGAGAAAGUUAUAGGAAAACAUUCUAAGACACUAAAUCCGCAUCAUUCGCUGGUUCUCGAGGCAAAGCAAAGUUUGGCCGGCGAGUUGCGAAGCCUGUGCAUGUCAUACGACACGCAAAACGUUCCACGGCAAGCAUUGAAGCGUAGACUUGAACUGUGCGAAGAAAUGUUAACAAUAUUGCGAGUUCUUGAUCCUGGCAUUUCACGGCUAACAGGAAUCGCUCUAUACGAAUACCAAGCAGCAUUGGUCGAGCUAUCCCGCAGGAACCACGAUACCGGAGAGAUUACGACUCUCGAUUUACAGACAAGCUUGAAAACAGCUGAAAGUGCCUUAAAGGAAGCAAUCAGUAUGCUAUUAUUUGAACAUCCAACCACACCAGAGGGGCACCUCACGAAGAAAGCUAUGUGUGAAUUAAAAACGCUUCGAGAAGAUGUUCAAAACGUGCAAGCAAUGAUAGAAGACGAACAAACGCUCCAAAAAUAUUGCUUUAAGGGAACCAGCAUUGUGAAGAAGUAUAAGAAGUAG